AUGGCAAAUAUAGCAGCCAAACGUAUUAAAAGGGAAUUUAAGGAAGUAAUGAAAAGCGAAGAGGUAGCAGGUGGGGCAAUUAAACUAGAGUUGGUCAAUGAUAGCUGGACAGAACUUAAGGGACAAAUUGCUGGUCCACCUGAUACACCAUACGAAGGUGGAACAUUUCUUCUAGAGAUAAAAGUCCCAGAAACAUAUCCUUUUAAUCCACCUAAGAUUCGGUUUAUGACCAAGAUAUGGCAUCCAAACGUGUCGUCGGUGACCGGGGCAAUAUGUUUAGAUAUCUUGAAAGAUCAAUGGGCUGCUGCAUUGACCCUACGUACGGUCCUUCUUUCGAUACAGGCACUGCUCUCCGCAGCCGAACCUAAUGAUCCACAGGAUGCGGUCGUCGCUAAGCAGUAUAGAGAAAGCCCUCAACUUUUCAAUUUGACAGCAAAACAUUGGACAAAUGUGUACGCUGGUGGACCAAGCUCAAUAUUUGACUUCAAUCAGAAGGUGCAACUGUUGAUAGAUAUGGGUAUUGAUGAACACCAAGCGAGGGUAGCUUUGUCAACAUAUGAUUGGGAAUUGGAACGAGCUACCGAGCAGCUAUUUAGUUAG